AUGACUUUAGCAGCUCCGACUGGCAGCCUGGACACAUGGCUUAAAGUGGAUGAUCAGAAUGCACAGCUCUACUGGAAGCCCUCAGAAAAUUUCCGGCCCAACGGCUGGAAUUUGUCAUACAUUGUUGAAUCAAUGGAACCAAAAAGGAAUUUGUGUAUUACGCAAGAAAGCCACUGCUUUUUCAAUCUUACCGAGAAGGUUGAAAAGGUUUACCUGAGAGCCACUAACGCAGCGGCAAGCUCGGAUCAUACCGAAGUACUGGUGUAUCGGAAAAAAGGGCUGGGCUCUGUCUCUAAUUUCAGUGUUCAUCCCCAGUCCGAGACGUCUGUGCUGUUGGUGUGGGGAGGGACACCAGCGUCCCACACAGUCACAGGAUAUGUGCUUGAGUGGAGAUCUCUGAAUGAGAUGCCGGAAGCUCCCCUGUCCUUCAUUCUGAUGGACAAAAACAUCUCCAGUACCAUACUAACAGGGUUAAGGCCUGACAAACAUUAUCAGAUCUCUAUUUAUCCCAAAUACGAUAGAGGGAUUGGAUUUCCAUACAUUUUGCCAUACAGCUUUCAGACAGCAUCCUCUGUGGCUCCAGUGUCGAAUAUUAUAAGAGAACAUUCCAAUGAGAAAAAUGGAACCAUUCGAGAUGGAAUUGAAAUGACGAUGUUUGUUAUCCCAAUAUACAUUGGGUUAUCACUUUUCAUCAUUGUUGUGUUUGCAUGUUUUGGGAAAACUGAACGGGUGAAGAUGUGUUUGUGGCCUAUAAUUCCUGAUCCUGCCAACAGCAGCAUUAAGAAGUGGACCACCACAUAUUCAAUGGAGGGCAUUCCUUCCUUUGUAGAAGACAAGGAUUCUGUGUUAGUGUACCUGUCCCGCUUCAGUCUUCUUGAUCUGGAUGAGAAAGAGCCGUUCAAGAGUGACUAUGUCAAGGAAAGCCAGUGGUCACGCGACAUCAACAGUUAUGAUGAAUGUCAUUCCUCAUUGCAGACCUGUGUCCAAUACGAUUCGGAGAAUGACAGGGAUUCUGUUCCUUAUGCCACAGUGGUUUUCAGUGGUCCAUAUCAAAACCAUUCAUCCUGUCGGCCACCCUACGUUCGCUCCGAGUCCACACAGCCUCUGUUAGGAGCGGACGACCCCUGCAGCCCCCCACCGUAUGAGAAUGUGUCACCAAGCGGCAGUGUUUCCAAAGUACAACGCUUCAGCACAUUCCCUCAGAGUUUCACUGAGAGUGAGGAGAAUGAAGAACUUUGGGAAGAAUUUCCUAUGCUUAGAUCUUUAGAGCUCAGGGGUACUGAUCAUACCUAAACUCAGAUUCAUCCAUUUCCUGUUUAUGUGCUUCUUUUUUAAGAAUAUGUGUUUCAUUUUGAUUUUGAGCGUAUGUACAAACAUACAAAAAUAUGCAUUCGGAACCACAGCUGAUGGAUUUGGCUCACACGACAGAUCUGUUUUUAAAAGUGAUUAGCAAAAAAACUAAGAAAAAAAAAAAUCAUUAUUAACUUUCUGCAGAAUUGCUAGGGACUGCUUAUAGGUUAAACGGACCACUGGUAUUACAAUGAAUGAGAGAAAAUGGUACUUACCUUUUCCAAGUAAGAAGAAAGCCAAUCAGUAAAAUCACUGCCUGGUCUUUAUGUGAAACUUGUCUCAAGAAAUCACAUUUUAAGAAUUUUACAAGAAUACAGUUAAAUCUGGCAUUAUAACAACACUUCCUCUGGAAAGGACAAAUUAAAAGAGUUAAAUGAUUUCUCGUCUAAUUUUAGACCGGAACGUGUGGGAAUGCAAUGUUUUUAGUAUGUUUUCUUGAAGCUCUGCAGAAGCUCAGCAUGGCCUCUGUCUUUACAGUGAGCUUUAUUAAGGUGAUGUUGCAUUACAAACCAACAUGAAAAGUGCAGUCCAGAGUGUUUAGCUUCAUGACUUCAAGUUCUUGUACUCAAUAUAAAUAAUUAAAUGUGUCUUGCAGAUGUUUUGAGGCAAUGUCAAUUAGUUCUGCAGUAUAAUAUGGAAUUUGAGUUUUUUUUUUUAUUAUUAUUAUUACUGAAUGAUUAGUGUUUUAAACAAAUUGGCUGUGUGACUGGUUCAUUGACUCAUAGUCACUUGUUUCACUACUGAUUAUAAUCAGUGGUUUGAACAAAUGGGUUGAAUAAAUGAUUCAAUGACUCA